UUCGCCGCGUGCUCUGUCCUCUGUAUGUAACACCCACACGGGCACGGCACGGCCGGAGAGCCGGUGCCCGCCGGCCGUGUGCUCUGGUUCGUCCAUUGUAUAUAUAAUAGAUGAGUACGCCUUUUUGCUCCAGAAUCCGAGCCCGGUGUGGUGAGGCGUGCGCUCGUCGUGUUUCCCAGAAACGAUACAAACACCAACCAAUGCAAACACCACCUUUAUUUCCUGCGCUGCGCGCGCGACUGUGAGGCAGUGUCACAUAGCUAGUGUUACAUAAUACCCUCUCCGGUGUCCGCGUCCGUCCGUCCGUCCGUCCAUCCUCGCGGUCGCGGAACAACAGAGUCGUCGCUCGCCAUGACGACUCCGAGCUUCCUCGUCGGGAUCGCAGGGAACGUGAUCUCCAUCCUCGUCUUCGCGUCGCCGAUCGCGACGUUCCGGCGGAUCGUGAGGAACAAGAGCACGGGGGACUUCACGUGGCUGCCGUACGUGACCACCCUGCUCAGCACCAGCCUCUGGACCUUCUACGGCCUCCUCAAGCCCAAGGGUCUCCUCGUCGUCACCGUCAACGGCGCCGGCGCCGCGCUCGAGGCCGUCUACGUCACGCUCUACCUCGUCUACGCGCCCAGGGAGACCAAGGCGAAGAUGGGCAAGCUGGUGCUGGCCGUGAACGUCGGGUUCCUCGCCGUGGUCGUCGCGGUGGCGCUGCUGGCGCUGCACGGCGGCGCCCGGCUCGACGCCGUGGGGCUGCUGUGCGCCGCGAUCACGAUAGGGAUGUACGCGGCACCGCUGGGCUCAAUGCGGACGGUGGUGAAGACCCGGAGCGUGGAGUACAUGCCCUUCUCCCUCUCCUUCUUCCUCUUCCUCAACGGCGGCGUCUGGAGCGUCUACUCCCUGCUCGUCAGGGACUACUUCAUCGGGGUCCCCAACGCCGUCGGCUUCGUCCUGGGCACGGCGCAGCUGGUGCUGUACCUGGCGUUCCGGAAUAAGGCGGCGGAGCGCAAGGACGACGACGACGAGAAGGAGGCUGCGGCGGCGGCGCCAUCAUCCGGGGACGAGGAGGAAGGGCUGGCGCACCUGAUGGGGCCGCCGCAGGUGGAGAUGGAGAUGACGGCGCAGCAGCGCGGCCGGCUGCGGCUGCACAAGGGGCAGAGCCUGCCCAAGCCGCCGACGGGCGGGCCGCUGUCGUCGUCGUCGUCGUCGUCGCCGCACCACGGGUUUGGGAGCAUCAUCAAGUCCCUGUCCGCCACCCCCGUCGAGCUGCACUCCGUCCUGUACCAGCACGGCCUCGGGCGCGGCCGGUUCGAGCCCGUCAAGAAGGACGACGUGGACGCCACCAACCACUGACUGACUGACUGAUGUCCGAUCGAUCGACGUUUGUACCGGUACAGAGUCGUCGGCCUUUGACGCGUGUACUGUAGUAUUUAUCAUUACGUGCUCGUGGAGAGAUUCAGGGUAGCGUUCGAAACUUCGAAUGGACAGGAUUUGAGUGUGUUCUUCACAGGUUUGCAGGGUUCGAAACCCAGAUGAAUUAAUCUCUGAACAUGUUGAGUUAGAUCAACUGAAACAUGAAGGCGAUCGACCGCUUCCUUUUUUU